AUGCUGUGGCAGAUCCUUAAAGAAAAAAUAUUAAUGGAUCAACAAGAGAAGUUGCUGUCUUACAACGGGGAGCUUCUUAUUUUCCAGUUAUUAAAAGGAAAAUCCUCAGGUGGCAGCAACACUGAAUUAUGUGUCAGAAGAAUGAUGUUCAGCAGUGGUACAAAACUGUUUGUUGAGAAAAACACUGGAUCAUUUAGCAUGGGCGGAGAAGGUGUUGAAAUGAUUCACUGCAGCUGUGUAUCUGACUUCAGGACAGGAAUUCUUCUCCCUUGUAUUCUAAUGAAAAAGAUUAAAAAAAAGAGUAUUAAGUAUAUUUUACUGCUUCUUCAUAACUUUAACAAAUUUGAGGUUGUCUUGCAUUUUAAACUAGACUAUGAACUGAAAGAACCUAUAAAGCUACUUGGUGGUCCAAUGGUCUUAUGGAGUUGUGCCAAAAAAAUCUUUUAUAUUUCUCCUCCAACUUGCACUGUAUUAUGUGCUCCUGUUGAGUUUUCUUCCAUCAAAUGGGUGGGUGAGGUUAGAGGCGAGGGUAUUGUUGUUUUGGGAACAAGAGCUCCUUGUUUGCCAGAGGCAGACGAUGGGAAAAGUGUUGCCGACUCAGAGGCGGUCAUCUGGGGUAGUGAAUGUCUUGCUUAUGCUGUGGAGAAACAGAAAGUCCUCACUGGUGCCAGUUUUCUGCCUCAUGCUUACAGCAGCGUGGUGUCUUGUGUACAUAUAUGCAGAGCUGAGGCAGUGAGAAACAAGUUAAGGACAUCUGUUGUUGCAGUCACAUGCAAAAGCCAGUUGGUUGUCUUUCAAGAUGGUCUACCCAAAGAUGUCCACAAGCUUCCAUACGACAAUCCCUGUUCCAUACAAAUAGCUGCAGUAGAAGGAAAUAACGAGCUGGUUGUUGUAUCGUUCUCUUCAGGAGAGGUGUGUUCUGUAUGGAAAGACAGCUUGCAGGUUGCUUCUUGCUGGCAAAAUGUGAGCUCUGUUCUGACAGAUGACUUUGUUGGCAUUGGAACUGAUCAAGUGCUGGUUUUUCCAAAGACUGAGUCUAUUUCAGAAAAGUUGGCUACAUUUCAAAUAACAGAUUUUGGACAAUAUAAUUAUGUGAGUAACAUCAGCUAUCAUAAUGACUUAUCUUCUGCAAAAGAAGGAGAAGAUAAUCGCUUUUUUACCAUCAAAGCACUUGAAGCAAGAUUGCAGGCUGGCUUCACUUCUGUUCAUGAGCUGAAGCGGCAUUUACAGCUCAAAGAGAGAGUUCUGGUGAAAAGUUGUGAAGCAUUAAUAGACCUAAUUCAAGGUCAAGAACAUAGUUUUCUAAGUGCAGAAAAGGAAGGACUUGUUUCUCUCUGGGAUGAAACUCAGAAGCCUUUUGAUAAUGGCAUAUCAACCCCACCUAAAGUCCAAGAACAAUUUGUAGAGGAGGUUUGGUAUCGUGUGGUGGAUGACAGCUUAGUGGUUGGAGUAAAACUAAUGGAAUCGUUUGAAUUGCAGCUCCAUGAUGUCACUUUGUCACUGGUAAUGGAUCAUAAAUACCCUUCAUUUCCCACUAAGUGCCAGUGCAGAGUCUUUAAGUUGGAGAAAGCCCCGCUGGCAGAGUCCACAUCACACUGGCAGCCAGUGCCUAAAAGGAUAAAGCUAAAUGACUGUAAUGGAAAAGGGGGUAAUGGAGGAUCUUCUCGGCUAAAGGCAGAUGGGACAAAAACUUUCACUGCUGUUACUGCUCUGUCCCCUUUCUUGGCAUUCCAUCAAGUGUGGUGUAGGGUCCUGUUGCAUGCAAAGGAAAAAAGCUGCAAAGAUGAAAAUUUCCAGAGCAACAAAACACAAACUUUAUCAUGUGGAAGAAUUUUAUUAAGUAUGGAGGAGAUUUCCACUCGAAAACACUCAGUAAACCUUAAAAAUUCCAGAUACGCAGAUAUUGUUGCUCUUUGUGCAGUAUCGCACAAACUGCCCUUUCAAAUAAUCUCCCGUGACUGCAUGUUGACUCGUGUGAACACAUGGCUACUGGAACAAAUGGAGUGUACACCAGUUGAGGACUACCCUGAUUUUAAAUUCUGCUGUAAAUAUGGAAGUCUGAAUGGUACACUCUUCAACUGGAAUCUGGAAACACCAUUUGAAGGAACUCUAACAGUCUUUUGCAGACACCAAACUAUCUUGUUCCAGUGUCUCCAUAGCCUCUUUGGAUUGCUACCAUCAGCUUGUAAGAUAAAACCCUUGAGAUUAAGAAGCAAGAAAGUACUUGCUGGGCAGCUUGCACUAGCUUUAGAAAAGGAAAUGGUCUCUCUCCGUCUUUCCCUUUCCUCUGCUUUACACAAAACUGAAAACAACUUGCUUCUGGAUGAUGAAGAAAGUAAAGAAGCAGACAGGGUCCCUGCAGUGCAACAAUUCAGAGAAGCAUUUAAAAAGGGGCAGAAACAAAGUGUCCUGGGUACAACCCGAACAUUGGGUGGUUCCUUCUACAGAAGAAUUAUUUUGAAUGUAGUUGAAGCUCAGCUGAAUUCUGACACAAUCACAUGGCAAUGCUCCUCUCUCUAA